UUCCUGUCUCUCCUCAGGGCGGCCAGGAUGGAGGCUGUGGAGGAGUUGGAUAUCGAUGUGGAAGGGGAUGUGGCGGCCGCAGCGCAAAUGGGAAACUAUGACGAUCCAUCAUCCAGCGUGCUGCAAGAUCAUUACCUGGAUUCAACAUGGAGAACAGACAUGGGACUUCCAUGGAGUCUUGAUAACACAAUUAGUGAAGAAAACAAGGCCGCCAUUGAGAAGAUGUUGUUGGAAGAAGAAUACUAUUUGUCGAGUAAAUCGCUUCCAGAAAAACUUUGGCAGGAGCUGAAGGAAAGCGAUAAAAAGUGCACAAAAAGUCCACACAAGAAAGAGGCAAAACUCACAUUACGCUCUCCACCAAAGUCAGCCACUGGAUCAUUGAAGUGGACAACAGAAGAGAAAGAGCUUUUUGAACAAGGACUGACUAAAUUUGGCAGAAGAUGGACGAAAAUUUCCAUGAUGAUUGGAAGUCGCAAUGUUCUUCAAGUAAAGAGUUAUGCCAGGCAGUACUUUAAGAACAAGGCCAAGACUGAUGGCCCAGAAAAAGUAGAGCAACGGGGACCGUAUGUCAGCAUUCCUGUACCGAGCAGCAACGAGGAUGAUGAAGGAAAGACGGUGGCGUGGGCAGCUACACUCUUAAGAGGCCGGGCAGAUCCUAACUUGAAUGCGGUGAAAAUUGAAAAAUUAUCAGACGAUGAAGAAGUUGAUAUUACAGAUGAGAUGGACGAGCUGCUUUCUCACAUUCCUCAGCAAGAAUCCGGGAAGUGUGAGUUGUUCGAUACUCCAAAAAGUCCAUCCACACAAAGCAACUGGACAGUGUCCGCUUUGGAUUCUGAGGAACACACACCGACUGCCCUUCUCUUAACUGCGAAAUGCAGUCCCAAGGCGGAGGAAAGCCCAGAGACUCCAGAGACUGUGGUGCUGUCUUCUGAGAACAAUAGUCAUGAUCCAUUGAAGCCUGAGAACGAGGGGGGUGACGAAGUAAGGACGCCUGAUUGGUUUUCCUGCCCAGAGCUUUGUGGGGAGCAAAGAAACUAUGACGAUCCAUCAUCCAGCGUGCUGCAAGAUCAUUACCUGGAUUCAACAUGGAGAACAGACAUGGGACUUCCAUGGAGUCUUGAUAACACAAUUAGUGAAGAAAACAAGGCCGCCAUUGAGAAGAUGUUAUUGGAAGAAGAAUACUAUUUGUCGAGUAAAUCGCUUCCAGAAAAACUUUGGCAGGAACUGAAGGAAAGUGACAAAAAGUGCACAAAAAGUCCACACAAGAAAGAGGCAAAACUCACAUUACGCUCUCCACCAAAGUCAGCCACUGGAUCAUUGAAGUGGACAACAGAAGAGAAAGAGCUUUUUGAACAAGGACUGACUAAAUUUGGCAGAAGAUGGACGAAAAUUUCCAUGAUGAUUGGAAGUCGCAAUGUUCUUCAAGUAAAGAGUUAUGCCAGGCAGUACUUUAAGAACAAGGCCAAGACUGAUGGCCCAGAAAAAGUAGAGCAACGGGGACCGUAUGUCAGCAUUCCUGUACCGAGCAGCAACGAGGAUGAUGAAGGAAAGACGGUGGCGUGGGCAGCUACACUCUUAAGAGGCCGGGCAGAUCCUAACUUGAAUGCGGUGAAAAUUGAAAAAUUAUCAGACGAUGAAGAAGUUGAUAUUACAGAUGAGAUGGACGAGCUGCUUUCUCACAUUCCUCAGCAAGAAUCCGGGAAGUGUGAGUUGUUCGAUACUCCAAAAAGUCCAUCCACACAAAGCAACUGGACAGUGUCCGCUUUGGAUUCUGAGGAACACACACCGACUGCCCUUCUCUUAACUGCGAAAUGCAGUCCCAAGGCGGAGGAAAGCCCAGAGACUCCAGAGACUGUGGUGCUGUCUUCUGAGAACAAUAGUCAUGAUCCAUUGAAGCCUGAGAACGAGGGGGGUGACGAAGUAAGGACGCCUGAUUGGUUUUCCUGCCCAGAGCUUUGUGGGGAGCAAAGAGACUUUAGUGAAAACAAUAUUCUUGUCCAUCCUUCCGAGCACCUAGAAGAAGAUGGCCACAUGAACGCCGAGGAGCUUAAGCCGCCCGAUCAAGAAGUGGAAAUCGACAGAAAUGUGAUAUCAGAAGAAGAAAAACAAGCGAUACCAGAGUUUUUUGUGGGACGCCAGGCUAAAACACCUGAACGCUACCUGAAAAUUAGAAACUACAUUUUAGAUCAGUGGGAAAGAAGCAAACCAAAAUACUUGAACAAAACUUCCGUGCGCCCAGGGUUGAAGAACUGUGGUGAUGUCAACUGCAUCGGACGCAUACACACAUACCUGGAAUUGAUAGGAGCAAUUAAUUUUGGAUGUGAGCAGGCUGUCUAUAACAGGCCACAGACCACGGACAAAAUGCGCCCCAGAGAAGGCAAGGAUGCUAUUGACGCGUAUCAGCUUGUGCAACGGCUUCAGUCUAUGCGUACAAGGAGGAGGCGAGUCAGAGACCCCUGGGGAAAUUGGUGUGAUGCCAAAGAUUUGGAAGGACAGACAUUUGAGCACCUUUCUGCUGAGGAACUAGCGAAAAGAAGAGAAGAUGAGAAGUUUAAAGUGCCAAAAGCCACUAAAGGACAAAGACAUACCAAAAGUUCCUUUGAUCCCUUUCAGCUGAUCCCUUGCUGUUCCUUCACAGAAGAGAAACCAGAGCCGUUCCAAGUGAGAGUCACUGCAGAGGCACUUCUGAUUCCCAUGGACAAAAUCUUCCAUAGGGAUUCAGACCUGACAUGCCUGCAGAAGCUUUUGGAGUGCAUGAGGAAGACCCUGGACAGUGUGGCAAAUAGCUUCAUUGCUGAAGAAUUCCUGGCACAACUCGAGAACUUAUUCCUUUCAACCUACAAGAAUGAGGAGUGGAAUGAUGCUGCUGAAGAAAAUACCACGUGCCCAAACGACCUACCCAUAUAAUGGUACUGAAAAGUAUAACCACUCACUUUAAAAUAAGGCUGCAAUGCACAAGAGUGACAGGAUCUAUUGUGGCUGAAGAAAAUGAUACUUAAAGAUGAAACAAAGCAAUCAUGGCAAACUAUGUGACCUCUGACAUGGACUCCCUACAAACUAUGUGGACUCUGACAUGAAUAGAACCAUUGCCCCAUGUUGGUAGCUUAGUGAUAAUAUACCAGUUCAAUCUGGUGUUUGCAACACUGCUGUGUAGUCUGUUCCAUUCUUCAAUGGAAAUUCUCUGAGGUGUUAGCAAACAUAUUUGUCCAAUUAAUAAAUUCAGCUGUGUUGUAUGUAUAUU